AUGAUUAUCAUUAUUAUUUUUAAAGAUACCUUAGAUUCCUUUCCAAAAGGUGUUAUAUUACUUGAAUUCUGGACUCGAUCGGAAGAUUCAGCGAAAGACCAAGCUAUGUUAAAACAGUUAUAUGAAUAUGGAAAUCUUCGAACUAUCCCAGAAAAUUAUGAAGAUAGCGAGGAUCAAUUUUGGAAUGCAUUUUAG